CUAUAAUUCGGAUUAAAAUCAGGACGUGAACAUUAAAAGCAGGACGUGAAGAGUCACACUGGGGAACUACAACAUUGGAUUUUAUUUUCAAAUCCGACAUUUUUAGAAUUGUUGUUUUUUGUUUAUCAUACAUAAUACUUGUGCAAAAGCCUCGAUGUGCGAUAAAUAAAAGUGCCCGGCUUUGGCUGGUGAAUAAAAUGGGUUUUUGAUUUUGCAUUGAUUCAUAUGGGAGUUCUGAGCUUCUAAUUCAGCAAGUGUUUUGAAUUAAACCUCUGUGAGUUUAAGUACUGUAAAAUAAACAAUGGAUUGCAUAAGUCCCACGAAGAAUAAGAGAAGACUUGGUGGAGGAGAGUAUGAACAUUUGCACACACAGACGAAAAGGCUGUGUAAUGGACUAGGAGGCAGUGGGCAUGUUGAAUGUGGUGUGGUGGUGGACACUCCAAUGGACACAUGGGACGCCCCAAAUCACAACCCUCAAAAUGGACACAACGCCAACGUCCCCGGGAUGGUAUUUGUUCUCACACAUGCCUGUUCUCUGCCUAGGUGUUGCCCGCCCCGGGACGUGGUGCAGGACAGCAUUGCCCCAGAUGUAUGGCGGGUGAACCUGGCCAUAUAAACCACAUCAUGAGGUAUUGAUCAGCAUUGCCGAUGACUCCUGGAGAAAAUGAAUUGACUGAAUAAACGGGGAAGGGAAAAGCGCUGCAGAGAAGCAGUCUGCGGUUUGUCCGGACCGUGUGGGGUUUCCCAGCGUUGCUUUGUGCCUUUCAUGCAUUUUCCAAAUCACCUCCCCUACUGUUUUAUCUACAGUAGUACCUUUUAUUGUUUUGUAGAAAUGUGGUUUAAAAUUCCUAGAACAUGCACUCCAGUGACAAAGGCAAUGAAUAAUGGUUUAGAUUACACUGAAGUGAAGC